AUGGAUUCUUGUGCUAACUUUAGUUUAGGACUUAGUCAGUUAGAUACUAAAAAACAAGAUAUACAUGUUGAGUUUGUUUCUGGUACAUUUGAUUUUAAAGAACCCAAUUUCGCAGAGAAUUGUUCAAAGCAUCGAAACGACCCCACCACAAUGAAGAGAUUGAAGGAAGAGGCUAAUUCCAAAUCAAAGAAAUCAAGUUCAAAAACGGCCAGUAAGAAGAAGUUUGAUGAUUUCGGUAGACCACGUCUUCCGAAGGGGAAGAUUUUGAAAUUUACUAUUCUUGAAUUUUCUAUUAUCACUAGCCUGAAAUGCACCGGUGAUAUUGAUGAGUUUAUGUAUACUUCAUCAUCAAAAUCCCCUUUGAUGUCGAAGUAUUUUCCUGAAUCUGGAGGUGGCAAUGAAGAUCAAUCACGUGUUGUCACUGGAGAUGACGACUAUGAUGAUUUCACCACUGUACCUACUCAAGAAUUUCUAAGAAAGGCUCGUUUGGCUAAACCUGUAUCAACUGAACAACCAUCCAAAAUAAGAAAAACAGUUAUGUUUCAGGAAGUUAGUCCAGCUGCGACAGAUGGACAGAAAUCAACAAAUAAACUACAAAUUCGUGUGUCUGAUUUUGAUCAUCGUUAUCAAGUAGAAAUUGGUGUGUCUCCUGAGUGCGAACAGCUCAAGUUUGUUUCUUCGUCUUCUGCAACACCUGAAGGGACUUCUAAGUCUAAUUUAGAUAUGGAGCAGAUAAAGAGUUACAUCAAAACAUAUGUGAAUGAACAAAUUGUUGAGCUGAAAACACUAAUCUCCAAUAUACCUGCUGAGGAUGAGCAUAUGAAUGAUCAAGAAGAGGGACAUGAAGAAGAAUCGAAAAACACUCACAUUACUGAUAUGGAAGAUAUAUCGGAUGAGCAUAAUGAUGCAAUAGAAGCAGGUUGUACUGAAGAUCUGACCAUACAACAUAGCCCUCAAAUGAAACAUUUAGAGGAUAAGCAUAAUGCUGCAGUAAAAGCAGGUUGUACUGCAGAACUAAGCAUACAUUUAGAGGAUGAGCAUAAUGCUACAAUAGUAGCAGGUUGUACUAAAGAAUUCAGUAUACAGAAUAGACCACCUCAUAUGAAAUAUUUUGAGGAUGUGCUUAUGUCCGAUAAAGAGGAAGCUAGUAUCGAAGAUUUGGAAAAAAAGCACAGUCCUGUGAUGGAUGAGCAUAUUUCUGCAAAAGAAUCAUGUUGUGCUGACGAAUUGAACAAACAUCAUAGUACUAAUUUGAAAGAUUUGCAGGAUGAUGUGAAUGCCACAAUAAUGGAGUCUGUUCAAGAUGCUUUAGACGCACGAAUAUUUGGGUUGUCAACACCUUUGAAUACAAACAAAUUCAAUAUUGUUACACCAAAUUUAGUGACGAAAAGUCAGUGGUCACUUCCAGAUAGUCAGUUUUCACCUGACUUUCCCGGUGCACAAGUAAGGGAGCUUGAAGCAUCAAAAGAACGCGAAAGGUAUGCUUUUGAUGGUAGUACCAUUUCUGAAGACUUGCCUAAUCAAUUGAUCAGCGAUUAUUCACAGUUGAUUGAAAUUGGGUUACUGAAAUAUCAUGCUUCAAAGAAACAAACAGACAAUUACUAUCUAAAAAAUGCUCCAGGAUUAGGUUAUCCUCUAUUGAACUUUAUUGUUGCACAAGCACUCUCAAAGAAUUGGUUCUACUUGAUGUCGCAACCCAAAAUGUGUUGGAAUGAUGAGACUGAAAGAAUUGACUGGUCAACACUUAAAGCAUACGAAAGGAAGCUUGGUCUGCAAACUGGUGAGAUAAGUCACAGCCCAUUUGAUGUUGAAUACGUCCAAAACAUUCCACAGCAAGCAUCUGAUAGUUUGGAUUGCGGGGUCUUUGUGUCUGCAUAUGCAGAAAUAUUGAGUGAAGAGCAGCAAGUUCAUUUAUGUGAGUUUGAAGCUGCUAGUCAACGUGCAUGGUAUGCUUCAUUACUAUGGCAUUACGGAGUGACGAAGGCAAAAAAAGAUUAUACAAGUGAUAAUGACGAUCCUCCUCGGCCAAAGAAUACUUUUCUCCAAUCACCUGAUGAAAGUGCAAUUGUUACUUUGGAGUAG